GCGCUGCGCUGUGUGCAGGUACGGGCAGAGUCUCUGUUUAUGUCUCCGGACCACUAAUACAUUCAGACGUUAGCUAACAUUAGGUAACACCAUCACAACAGACUGCAGGUGAAGCAGCAGGGAAAUCUGGGAAAAUCCCCAGGAUGGAGUCCCCCAUGAGGCCGGCGGCGGCUCUCCUCCUCGCACUUUGGUGCUGCUGCAGUGCUCAACGCAUUCGCUACAUAGCUCCGCACAUAGGCAGCACCAAUGGAGCAACACGAGUCGUGAUUGAAGGAGAAGGUUUUGCCCAGGAGUCGCAGUUCCAGCUGAAUCCAACAGAAGACACUGGUAACUUUGUGACCUUCGUGUCUAAAACCCUGUCAGUCCCCUGUGAUGUGGAGAGAGACUCAACACACGGCAGCCGGAUCACAUGUUACACCAGACCCAUGCCGAGUGAUCACUAUGUGGUCCGUGUCAUUGUGGACGGCGUUCCCAUCCCUGAGAGCAAUCUGUGCUAUGGCCAGUCCAAACCCCACUGCAGCUUCUAUCCUGUCUGGUAUCGCACACCUACUGUCAAUACUUUGAGUCCAAUCAGUGGUCCGCCAGGCACGCUGGUGACAGUGCGAGGACGGAUCUUCACCGAUGUGUAUGGAAGCAACACUGCGACAAGCUCCAAUGGCCGCAACGUCAGAUUUCUGAGAGCCUACAUGGGAGGGAUGCCGUGCAACCUGCUCAAACCGAAUUCAGAUGAUUUGUAUAAUCUGCAUCUGGACGCUGAAACAUCUACUUGGGGAUAUAUGAGCUGCAAAAUGACGGGGACAUAUGUCGGGCAUCACAACAUGAGUUACAUUCUUGAUGCGGAUUAUGGAAGGAGUUUACCAGAAAAGAAACUUCACAGAGUUACAAGUUUGAACAAGAUCGCCAUGUUUCAGACCUAUGCAGAGGUGACAGGAGUCUCCCCGUCCAUGGGCAGCAUCUUGGGUGGAACCCUGAUUACGAUCCACGGCCGCUUCUUUGACGAAACCGAUCUCCCGGCACGUGUCCUCGUCGGAGGCCUGCCUUGUAAAAUCCAGAGCGUGUAUGAUGAGAAAAUAAUCUGUCGGACCGCCAAACAAAAGAUGAACAACGUGACUCUCUACCCAGGUGGGAGAGGCAUGAAGAUGGAGCUGUGGAACGAGACAAGCCCCCGGACACUGCCUGACAUUUGGAGCUACAACCAGAACACAACCGGAUACUGGACACAGUGGGUCGACACCACGCCCCACGUCUUUGAUUUCAAACUCGAUCGUUUCAGCUCACGAACCUCAGGCUUCUUUGUCCCGCCAACCAGCACCAACUACAUCAUGUACCUCCACUGUGAUGACCGAUGUGAGCUCUACCUCAGCAACUCCAGCCGCCCCGAACACAAGGUCAAAGUUGCGUACCAGAAAAGUUAUGUCUCAGAUUUCACGAAAAGGGAGUCACAAAAGACUGAACCGAUGUUUCUAGUUGAAGAUGAAGCCUACUACUUUGAAAUUCUGCAUCAAGAAUAUGGCGGUGCAGCCAGUGUGAACAUGGCCUUGUUCCAAGGGGAGAGCUCCUUUACAGAAGCCCAGACGGACGAUGCUGUCAAUGAAAUUCAGGCUAUCAUAGCUGAAUACGACGUGUUCGAUGAGACACAGGUGCUGACCUUUGACUCAGGGCGCAGCGACGUCCCCGCAGUCAAAGAGGUGCAGAUGGUUACUGUCAGCAGCGACUGUGCUAGCCAUCUUUGUGGGAGCACCUUCUUCAGCCUCGGAUACGGAGAUGCAAUGACAGGACCGAUUCCAGUCAGCGCCUCAGCAGCAAUGAUCGAAGCAUCCUUGAACGACCUUUGGUCCAUCAAACCCGACACAGUCCAGGUCACCAAACAGGACGACAGCCAAGGAUCUCACUUCACAGUCACAUUCCAGUCUGACAGAGGAGAUUUCGAGCUUCUUCACCAUGAGGUUUUUGGCGCAGACACUAACGUCUCUGUUGUUGAGGUCACGAAGGGCAGAAGCAACAUGGAGACGGUCACUCUGCUGUGGGGGGGGAUUCCCACAAAGCCCAUCGCCUUCAAUGCCCCUGCAUCUGAGGUUCAGUCGGCUCUGGAGGACAUUAUGAAAGCCGAGUGUCCCGGAGAGAUCCUGACCAGUGAGGGGACUGACGUGAAGUACUUCAAUGACUUUGAAGAGGAAAACUCUGAGCUGUUUGAUUCUGCUGAUGACGGGACUCCGGUGAAAAACUUUGCUUUCUGUGGCCUGCGGUCGCUGAAGAACCCCAAGGUUCUUUUCAGGGACAGUUACACCAAAGACGCUGGUGGUAACUACGGACCAGUUUCACUGGACAAAUAUCCCACACUUUGCUUUGCAUACAAGGGAAUGUUAAAAGAUGAAGUUGGAAUAAGGUUCAAGUACGACACCGAAGGCCAAACCAAAACUGAGACCGCAAAGAUCAGCACUAUCUUCAAUAAGGGCCACAAAUGGAGUUAUAAAUGCAUGGACCUGCAGAACUCCCUGCAGACUGAAUACAUUGGAAGCAAUUACAAUCUGUACCAGUUUUACCUCUACAAAGACGAAUCUGGUGAAGAUUUCUACGUGGAUGCUGUUCACAUUGGAAAGACACCCACCACAAUUGAUGAAAAUGGUGUACCCCAUAAGAGGAGACCACCACCCUUUGAGGCGUCUGGUCGUUACUUCGAGGUGAUCGCUGUUACCAUGGACACAUCAGUUGCAUCACAGACCAGCUACGAGAUCAGGGCCACACCCGCUGAAUGUGCCUUUGAUUUCCCACUGCUUGGAGUUGGCUUCCUGCAGAUGUCCGGCAGCAGUGAGGACAUGGCUUGGUACAGGGAAGGACCCACCACCGUUAACGUCACCCGCCUUUACAGAGCCACGCCUCCUCUGAACGGCACCUUUGAUGUGGGGUUUUAUGGAGGACAAGCUGAAGGUGUGUCGGUGGACAUCAGUGAGGAGGACAUGAAGUACGCGCUGGAGGGAAUCGAUGGGAUGGGUCAGGUCAGCGUAUCAAAGCUGGGAAGCUGCAGACGCACACAGUGGCAGGUCAAGUGGCUCACUAACCCCGGAGACCAGCCUCUGCUGGAGAUUGACAGCUCGGCGGUUGUCGGCCAAAAACCAGUCGUUUUCGCCAAAGAGACCAAAAAAGGAGGAUUGUUGAGGCGAGGCUUGACAGGUUUCACCCGCGUCGCUGAAUCCAAACCACAGGCGGUGGUUUACAUCAACGGUAUUCCCUCCAAGUGUUCAGGUGACUGUGGGUUUGAGUGGUCCAAAGAGAAGACUCCCAUUGUGACUGGAAUCAGCCCAUCUCAAGGAUCUCACGGCCUGGGGACUCUGCUGACGAUCACUGGAACUGGCUUCAGUAAUGAAAACGCCUCCAUCAUGGUGGGAAAGACCCCGUGCCAUGUUGAACAGAUCGAUGCCACCUCUCAGGUGUGCAGACUGGGCAGCAGCAGUGCCGGCACACACCCCGUGCACGUUAACUUCCCCUCUCUGGGUAACGCAGGAGGCAACAUGUCCUACUUCACCUACGAGCUCAUUGUUUCCUCUUUCUCCCCGCUCUCUGGAAGCGUGGCAGGAGGCACGCUGCUGACAAUCACAGGUUUCGGCUUCAGCCUGAACACCACAGUGACCGUCGGCAGUGAGGAGUGCACCGUGGUUCAUGUCAGUGACACUGAGCUGAAAUGCAGAACACCAGCAGGUAGUGCAGGAUCACAGAGCGUCACAGUGAUGGUUGGAAACAUGAGUCAGACAGCCAGCAGCUCCUUCACCUACGAUAUUAACCUCACACCUCAGAUCUCCGGUCUGAGUCCUCAAACCACCACAGUGAUCGGACAAGAAGUUCUCACCAUCCAGGGCUCGAACCUGGGAGGCCAAGACAAUGACAGCGUCGUGUUCGUAGGCAGAAAGGAAUGUGUGACCGUGCAGUGGACGGCGACGCGCAUCACCUGUCGUCUGCCUGUGCUGCCGCCCGGCAUGUAUAAGGUGGAUGUACAGGUUGGAAACAAUGGCUACCCCCAGACAAGCAGCGGUGUGAACGCCACCAUUGAAUACAUCCUGGAAGUCCACAGCGUCUCCCCGCAGCUCGGCUCCUUGAUGGGAGGAACCCGGCUGACUGUCUCUGGAUCUGGUUUCAGCAACAACACCUCAGACAACAAAGUCUCCAUUGGAGGAUCUGAGUGCGAAGUGAAGACCGCCUCGGAGAACAAACUGCAGUGCGUUAUGCAGUCAAAUGAGAAGACCCACAUUGUCACCAAUCAGGGAUCCCACCACAUUUAUGGACAGGGGUAUGCAUGGCAGCCUGCGUCACUGAUGGUGUUUGUUGGAGACACAGUAAUUUGGCGCUGGGAGGCACCACGCUUUCAGAAAGUCGGAUACCGAGUCUUCAGUGUUUCCAGUCCAAGUGGCAUCACGUACGAGGGGGGGGUAAUUAACAGUGGAGACACCAAGACAUCCAAAGGGUUUCACAGCUACCAAUUCACUGUACCAGGUGUGUAUUACUACAGCAGCGGCUACAUCGACGAUGGCAGAGCCAGACUGCUGCAGGGAGUCGUGAGAGUUAAGGCUCGGGUGGACAUAAGCAGCAGGGCCUCUGUCAAAGUGGGAGGCAUGGAGGCCAGACAUGUGGUGGGAGGUUCGCUGCGUGUCUCCAGAUCUGCCCCACAGUGCGUGGCCUCGCCUAAGUGCCCACAGUCCAACAACACUGCAAACUUCAUCUCCUUCACUGCCUCUGCCUGCGCCACCCCAACAGUCACCUCCAUCUCUCCCAACCAGGGAACAUACCACCAAGUCAUCCACAUUCAGGGCAAAGGCUUCAGCGACGUCGCCUGCGCUAAUGAGGUGACGGUGGGCGAGCAGCCCUGCCAGGUGUUCAACAGCUCUCACUCUGACAUCCACUGCCGCCUCAGCCGCAACAGCGAACUCCCCAUCGGCGUCGCUCUCCCCGUAGCCGUCAGAGUCAACAACCUCGGCAGUGCCGUCAUCGCCAUACCAGACGAGCUCGACCGGCGUUUUGUGGUCUUGCCUGUGGUGGACUCGGUCUGGCCUCCUAUCGGCAGCCCCACCGGCCACACGCGGGUCUUCGUCCACGGCUCUGGGUUCUCCUCAGGAAAAGUGACUGUGGCCAGCGAGCCGUGCGCUGUCGUGUCAUUUAAUUACACGAGCAUCGUCUGUGACACCUCUCCUUCUCAGCCUCACACUGGUGAUGUUGUCCUCCACACAGGCAGGAUCCAAAGCUCCUGUCAUUCAAACUGCUCCUUCACGUACUCUCCCUCCGUCACCCCCGAGGUCAGCAGUAUCUCCCCCGACAGCAUCGGCGAUUCGACCACCGUCACCAUCGCCGGCUCAGGGUUUGGCAGCGACGUGGAUGAUGUAGUCGUCUUUGCCAGCAUGUCAGAGCUGGAAGUCACCGCGGUGACUGAUGACAGCAUCACACUGAGAGUCGACGCUCUGCCUGCAGGCGACCACCCCGUCAAAGUGAUUGUGAGAAGCAAAGGCCUCGCAUCCGGCCCCGUCACCCUGAACAGCCGAGCACAGGCCUCCCUCAGACCCGACAUGGGCAGCCUGGAGGGAGGAACCCCGCUCGUCUUCACUGGAAACGGCUUCGCUCCAGGAAACACCAGCGUGAUGGUCGGUGGAAAACCCUGCGACAUUCAGGAGGUGACGCCGGGAAUGCUCCGCUGCCUGACGCCUCCUCACAGCGAGGGAUUAGUGACCGCUGAGGUCCAGGUGUUUUCAGUGCAAUAUCCUCCUCUCAACUUCACCUACUCUGAAGCCCACACUCCUGUCGUCAGCUCCAUCAACCCCAACACUGGGCCGAGCGGUGUACAGGUCACACUGACGGGUUCAGGAUUUGGCAACAACUCCCAGCACGUCUCCGUCACCAUGAACCACGUCCCCUGCGUCGUGUCCGCAGUCUCCGACACACAGGUUCAGUGCACCGCAGGAGACAACCCAGGGGGGGCGUACACAGUCAUGCUGCAUCACCAGGUCAAAGGUUACGCUGAGUCAGACGUCAUGUUCAACUACGAGCUGACUCUGAGCAGCGUGCAGCCCAACGAGGGCAGUUUUGGAGGCGGCGCCCGACUGUCUGUGAUGGGUUCUGGGUUUGACCCGCACAACUCUGCUGUAACGAUCUGCGGGGAGGAGUGUGAAGUUGACAGAGAAAUGUCCACAUCGACCCGGCUGUACUGCCAGUCUCCAUCCAUCAAUGACACUCAGUCUGCAGUGAGCUGCGAGGUUGCCGUCAUCAACCAGCUGGAUGCCGUCAACAUAUCGAAUGGCUACACCUACAGAGCUCAGCUGACUCCGGUGAUCGCCGAGGUGUCUCCACGCAGAGGAGGCACCGCUGGAGGCACGCGGCUCACAAUCACUGGCUCUGGUUUCAGCACUAACGUGAAUGACGUCAACGUGACCAUUGCAGGCUCCGUGUGUGACGUUCAAUCCUCCAACAACACACACAUCAUCUGUGUGACGAACGCUCAGCGACGGUCUCAGGAAACCAAAGUCAGAGUCAGCAUCGGAGACCGAGGCAUCGCCAACAUGGAGAAUGCAGACUUCUUCUACAUUGACGUUUGGUCGUCCAGGUUCACGUGGGGCGGUCAGUCUCCACCUGGGAAGGGCAUGUUUGCCGUCGUCACUAAAAACCAAACCAUCCUGCUGGACACCAGCACCCCUGUGCUGAAAAUGCUCCUCAUUCAAGGAGGGACGCUGAUAUUUGAUGAAGCAGACAUCGAGCUGCAGGCAGAGAACAUCCUGAUCACGGACGGUGGACGCCUCCAGAUCGGCCAGGAGGGGGCGCCGUUCCAGCACAAAGCCAUCAUCACGCUUCAUGGAAAUCUGCGCUCGCCUGAACUUCCUGUUUACGGAGCCAAAACGCUGGGUGUCAGAGAAGGAAUACUGGACCUGCAUGGUAUUCCAGUUCCUGUCCCCUGGACCCGCCUGGCCCAGACGGCGACCAGCGGCUCCAGGACGCUGAAUCUGAUGAAGGCCGUGACGUGGAAAGCUGGAGAUGAAAUUGUCAUCGCGUCCACCGGCCACAGACACAGCCAGAAAGAGAACGAGGUGAGGACGAUUGACAACGUGUCGAGCGAUGGUUUGACCUUAACCCUGACCAAACCGCUCGAGUACACCCACCUCGGGGUGGCCGUGACGCUGCCCGAUGGUACGGUGUUUGAGGGCCGAGCGGAGGUGGGUCUCCUCACCAGGAACAUCGUGGUACGAGGCUCCCAACACCAAGAGUGGGCAGACACCAUCGAAGCCUGCCCCGACGGCUUCAACACAGGUGAAUUCGCCACUCAAACCUGUUUCCAGGGGCGGUUUGGAGAGGAGAUCGGUAGCGAUCAGUUUGGAGGCUGCAUCAUGUUUCACGCACCUAGACCAAACGAGAAUCUUUCAAUUGGCAGACUGGAGUACGUUGAGGUCUUCCACGCAGGACAGGCCUUCAGGCUGGGACGUUAUCCCAUCCACUGGCAUCUGAUGGGGGACAUCAACUACAAGUCGUACGUGCGGGGUUGUGCUAUCCAUCAGACCUACAACAGGGCCGUAACCAUCCACAACACCCACCGUCUGCUGGUGGAGCACAACGUCAUCUACGACAUCAUGGGUGGCGCCUUCUUCAUCGAGGACGGCAUCGAGACGGAGAACAUCCUGCAGUACAAUCUGGCUGUGUUUGUCAAACAAAGCACCAGCCUGCUGAACGACGACGUCACUCCAGCCGCCUAUUGGGUCACCAACCCAAACAACAUCAUCCGCCACAACGCCGCCGCCGGAGGCACCCACUUCGGCUUCUGGUACCGCAUGCACCAGCAUCCAGAUGGCUCGUCCUUUAACCGAAACAUCUGCCAGAAAAAGGUUCCCCUCGGUGAGUUUUACAACAACACCGUACACUCUCAGGGCUGGUUCGGCCUUUGGAUCUUCCAAGACUUCUUCCCCAUGAAGGACGGACGUUGCAACUCCAAAACACCCGAGCCUGCCGUCUUCCGAGCCCUCACCACCUGGAACUGUGAGAAAGGUGCUGAGUGGGUUAACGUGGGCGCCGUGCAGUUCCAUGACUUCCUCAUGGUCAACAAUGAGAAAGCCGGUGUUGAAGCCAAGCGCAUCCUGCAGUGGGCAGUAAGCGGCUUCGGAGAGGAAGGAGGGGCGACGGUGUCCAACAGCACCAUCGUGGGCCACGUGGACGAACUCCAACUGGGAGAAGACUACUGCACACACCGAGGUGUCAUCGCGCCAUUGGACGAUGGCAUGAGUGUCAUUAACACCAAGUUCAUCAACUUCGACCGGAGCUCUUGUGCAGCCUUUGGGGUGGCCAAAAUCGAUGGGACGUGUAUUGAUCGUUGUGGUGGCUGGACGGUCAGGUGUAGUGGUAUCAAGUACUUAAAAACAGCACACAAGGCCGCCUUCAGGUGGGAGCACGAGGUGCAGCUGGUGGACACUGACGGCUCCCUCACAGGAAACGUCGACUACAAAGUGGUUCCUCAUAGCGAAUUGCUGGACCCGGCUCACUGUUCACAGAGUGCUGAGUGGAGCGUGGGUUUCCCCGGCGCAGUGUGCGACAACACCGUCGACUUCCAUCGUUUGGCGUGGAACAACCCAUCGCCGACCUCUCUGAAGGCCAAGGACGUCAUCUUAACCAACUCACAUGGCACCAGUGUGGUUCCCUAUUUGAAGAAGAGGAUGACUCAUAAGUUCGGCUGGAUGGCGAUGCUGCCCUCUGGAAAAACGUACAACUGGUACUUUGACGACAUGGAUCACAUCACCAACAUCACUUACAGCGCAAAAUUCUACGGCUUCAGGUCGGAUCAGUAUGUGAUCAUCAACCACAACUUCACGCAGAGUCCGGACAGAUUCCGUAUCAUCGAUGAGAGGAACGGCUCGUCUGCGCCGCUGAGCUUCAGCGAUAACGAGAACGGAGACUGGUACUUUGACGACAGCUCCAACAACCUCUACUACAUGAUAUCUGGGAAGACAAGUGCGCGCAGGCGUCGAAACAGCGUCGACCGCUCCACGGUGGACGUUCCAGUAAACUUCAGGGUCUUCCGCUGCUUCUACCCCGACUGCAUCCCACCGACACCACCACCUCCAGCCACUCUCCCACCCUUACCCAGCCGCCGGCCCGACAACUUCAUUCGGUGGUCUAAUGCCUCUUUCUGGAAAAGUUCAGCUGAAAAUAACUUUACUGUACCAAAAGAAGGUGCUGAUGUGGUCAUCCCAUCAGGUCAGUGGGUGGUUUUGGACAGCGACACUCCUCCCCUCAACAAGCUGACGGUCGUCGGAGUUCUUGAGAUUCCGGACGACAUGAAAAACUCGUCCUCCAGACCGGCUCGGGCUGCACCUGAAUACAGCACCGUGGUGGUAGAUGCUGUCUACAUCUCCAUCCAGGGCGGCAGGCUGAUCGCAGGCUGGGACGACGAGCCGUUCAGAGGUGAGCUGCACAUCAAACUGAGAGGAAACCACCGCACGCCGGACUGGCCGCUGCCCAACGGACCCAACCAGGGAUCCAAAGUCCUGGGUGUGUUUGGUACACUGGAGCUCUACGGACAACCUCUCAACGUUUACCACACCAAACUGGCUGCCACUGCGGACGCCGGAUCCACCACUCUGACCCUGUCGAAGCCUGUCGACUGGCAGGUUGGAGGCGAAGUCGUCAUCUCCACCUCCAGCUACAACACCUGGGAGACAGAAAAACGUGAGAUCUCCGCAGUGUCCGCAGACGGCCGCGUCCUGACCCUGAGCCAGCCUUUGACCCACACUCACAUUGGUGAGACUCACUCGGUCUCAGGGACGUCGUUCUCCUACACUCUGGCUGCUGAUGUCGGUUAUGUGACCAGAAACAUUAAGAUCAUCGGUGUUGAAUAUCCAGAAAUGAUGCAGGAGUCGUUCGGAGCCAGACUCCUGGUGGCCACCUUCUCCCGGGACGGCAUCGACUAUAAAGGCAAAGCUCAGAUCAGGAACGUGGAGUUUUUCCAAUCCGGUCAGGAAGGCUGGAUCGACAGCACUGACCCUCGUUACUCUGUGGCCUUCCUCAACCUGGGAGAGGAGGGUAGAGACACAUAUAUUCAGGGCUGUGCGUUCCACAACGGCUUCUCUCCAGCUAUCGGAGUCUUUGGGACGGAGGGACUGAACGUUGAUGAUAACGUCGUGCACCACACCGUGGGAGAAGCCAUCAGAAUUUGGGGCGACAUGAUAAAACUGCGGAGAAACCUGGUGAUGAUGUCACUGUGGCCGGGAUCAUAUCAGGACAGAGAGGAGCCUUUCAACUACCUCUGGAGUGCCGCAAUCGAGGUCAAUGAGGGGACGAAUGUUGUGCUGCAGCAUAACAUCGUGGCAGGUUACGAGAGAGUCGCUUAUCGCAUCAAUGGAGAACCAUGUCCAGGUCACGUUAACGAGAAUGAGAGGUGGAUCCAUAACGAGGCUCACGGCGGUCUGUACGGAGUCUAUCUGAACAGAGACGGUCUGCCCGGCUGCAGCCUCAUCCAGGACUUCUUCGUCUGGAGGAGCUUUGACUACGGCAUCUACUUCCAGACCAUCAUGGAUGUUAUUGUUUCCAACGUGACCCUGGUCGACAACGGGAUGGGCAUCAUGCCUCUCAUCUUCGCUCCUCCUUCUCUCUCCCACGCGUUCGCCGAUAAAACUGCACACGUUCAGAAUUCAUUGAUUGUUGGCAGCAGCCCAAACUUCGACUGUUCAGCCACUUUGCCCAGCAACGACUUCAAUGUGGAAAUCACCGAAGGCCACCGAGCCCCGAGACCUCCGAAAGGCGGCAGAUCUGGAAUCUGUUGGCCGAAUUUUGGAUCUGAACAAAACAAGGCUCCAACUAAGCCACAUCACAUAAACAACAACUACAACGCCAUCAAAGGACUGAUGAUCGUCAGGGACACGACUUUUGUCAGUUUCAAAGACGUCUGCACCGGCGAGAGGAACAUCAUGUUCAUGACUAACCCGCUCAACGAGGACCUGCAGCACCCUAUACAGGUUUCCAGCAUAACGAUGAUCGACAGCACAGAGGACGACAGAGUCUUCAUCCACAGGCCUGAUGUCAGCAAAGCGAACCCAUCCGACUGUGUGGACAUGGACUGCGACGGAAAGAAGAAAACCAUGCUGAGAGAUCAGGAUGGUUCGAUGCUGGGUUCAGUGGGAACUGUGGUGCCCCAGUCUGAGUUUGAGUGGGAUGGUGAUUCCAGGAGGGGGCUGGGCGACUACCGCAUCCCGAAAGUCAUGCUCACUUUCCUCAACGGCAGCCGCAUCCCCGUGAACCAGGUCGCUCCGCACAAAGGUGUGAUCAGAAAGGACUGCACGUACAUGGGUUCCUGGCAGAGCUACAAGUGUUUCGGGUUGAACUACAGGAUGCUGGUGAUCGAGAGUCUCGACGCGGACACAGAGACCAGACGUCUGUCCCCGGUUGCUGUGCUCGGAGACGGCUUUGUGGAUCUGAUCAACGGUCCUCAGGAUCACGGCUGGUGUGCGGGCUACACCUGCCAGAAGAGAGUGUCGCUCUUCCACAGCAUCGUGGCCACCGGUCACUACUUUGACGUGUACUUCACGAGCGUCAGCCCGCAGAAACUUCGCCUCAUGAUGCUCAACUCUGAUCCGUCUGAGAGCGUCGUGGUGUCAGUUUUCUACUCAAAGCCGCAGCGGUAUGAUGUGUACGUUGACAACAAUCUGGUUGCUCCAACAAACGCUGAUUGGAACGCCGACAAGACCGACUACACCCUGAUGAAGCCCUCCUAUGAAGGUCAAUACGUCCCCAAACUGAACGCCACUGCGGGCACCAAUUUCUUCGACCAGGACUACAAGAUGCUGAAGGUGUUGGUGAGAGGCUCUCAGCCGGUGGAGGUCCGAACCGCCCCGGUUCUCAUCCUCGCGUUCGACCUGCCCGCCAUGACUGAGGACGAGUUCUUCGGAGACAGCCUGAUUCAGAACCUCGCUACGUUCCUGAAAGUCCCCGCAAAUAUGAUCCGAAUCACCAACAUCAUCCGGGGGGAUGGAGGCGCACGGCGCAGGAAGAGAUCCACGGGCCUGAAGGUGGAGGUAGAGAUCAAGAAACCUCCAGUGCAGCAAACCACCAACACCACCAACGACGAGGAGGACUUUGAGUUGCUGAAGAACAUCGCCGAUGAUCUGGGACAAGCAGCAGUUUCCGGAAACCUUAGUCAGUCCAUCGGCUUCAACGUCUCCUCGAUGGGCAUCAUCCCUCCUCCUCCUCCAUCGUCUGACCCCGACUGGAAAGAUGAGGCCGAAGAAGAAGUAACAAGAGAGGAGCCGAAGGUGAGCUACAUGAGCAGCGUGAGCAGCCUGCUGCUGAUGGAGGAGCCGAUCGUCGGGGAGUUUGUGGGUCCUCUGUACCAGCAGCCCAGUCUCAAGGCUGUGGAUGAGCAGGGUAACUGCGUCUCUGUGGGAGUGACGUCGCUCGCUGUAACAGCCAGCCUGAAGGACUCCAGUGGGAACGAUGUGGGCGGACUGGAAGGAAACACCACCAUCCUGUUCAGCACCUGCUGGGCGAACUUCACAGACCUGUCCAUUCAGGACAGCGGUGCAAACAUGACCAUGGUCUUCACUCUGAACGAGUGGAGCGCCAAGUCACGAAAAUUCUCCGUCAAAAACCUCCCAACCACCCAGAGCCCGACCACAGACGGCCCAAAGACCACCACAGACGACAGCAUCUUCAGCUCCAGCGCCGCCGUCACCGCCGGCAGUCUGUGUCUGGUCAGCGUCAUCUACGCUGUGGCCUGCUGCUCCGACGGCGUCCCCAUAUGUUAAAUCUUUGACGUUCAGAGUUUUAUGAAGGAUACUUCAACAAAUAUUCACUUUAACUUAACACAAACAAGCAAAUGUAAUCCUUCAUUAUAUCAUGCACAUGGCUUUUUUGUUUUUUUCCUUUUUUUGUGUUUUUUUUUUUUUUUUUUUAAUUAUUGGGAUGUGGUUAAAAUGUCUCAACACUCAUAAACCAAAGUUUAAAUCCAAAGCACCCACUCUCUUCUACUGCUCUGUUUUCUUUUUGAGGUCUUUUUUAUAUUAUGUGUGAAUGUUUAUAACAACACUUCAGGUGUAAGAUCCAUAAAGAUUUUCUAUUUUAAAACAGGUGCAAUAGGUGUUUAACUUGAAUCUGUCACUAGAUGAAGGAUGUUAUAUUCUCUUUUCAAUAAAUUCUAUUUUUCAUUGAUGAAAACA